UCGUUACAAGGAAUAUCGGCCUUUUUGUUUCUCCCCCUCCCCUAGCUAGACAACGUCACAACAAAAUCCCGGAAGUGUCAGUCUGAAAACAGACCCGUCGCCGUUAGCUAACGGAGCGUUUCAAAAUCUAUUUGCUAAAUCGUCGCAUUUUAAACAGCUUAUACAAACGAAAUACUCAUAUAUUUUACAAAAUGGGAACCAGAGAUGAUGAAUACGAUUAUCUGUUUAAAGUGGUUCUGAUAGGAGACUCGGGUGUGGGCAAGAGCAACCUGCUCUCUCGUUUCACCCGGAAUGAGUUUAACCUGGAGAGUAAGAGCACCAUUGGAGUGGAGUUUGCUACCCGCAGUAUCCAGGUUGAUGGGAAAACGGUGAAGGCUCAGAUCUGGGACACGGCAGGACAGGAGCGCUACCGGGCUAUCACCUCAGCGUACUACAGAGGCGCGGUGGGGGCCCUGUUGGUCUAUGACAUCGCCAAGCACCUGACCUAUGAAAAUGUGGAGCGGUGGUUGAAAGAGCUGAGAGACCAUGCAGACACCAACAUCGUCAUCAUGCUGGUCGGCAACAAGAGCGACCUGCGCCACCUCCGGGCCGUGCCCACCGACGAGGCCCGGGCGUUCGCAGAGAAAAACGGUUUGUCUUUCCUCGAGACGUCAGCCCUGGAUUCCACCAACGUUGAAACGGCUUUCCAGACCAUUCUGACAGAAAUCUAUCGUAUCGUCUCUCAGAAGCAGAUGUCAGAGCGUCAGGAGAGCGACAUGUCUCCUAGCAACAAUGUGGUCAACAUCCAGGUGCAGCCCACUGAGAACAAACCAAAGAUGCAGUGCUGUCAGAACAUCUAGCCCCGCCCACAUUACCACUACACCUCCACCCCCUCAUAUACCCUGUACCCCCACCUCUACCCCCUCAUAUACCCUGUACCCACCCCUCUACCCCCUCAUAUACCCUGUACCCCCACCUCUACCCCCUCAUAUACCCUGUACCCCCACCUCUACCCCGUCAUAUACCCUGUACCCCCUCAUAUACCCUGUACCCCCACCUCUACCCCCUCAUAUACCCUGUAAACCCCACCUCUACCCCCUCAUAUACCCUGUAAACCCCACCUCUACCCCCUCAUAUACCCUGUACCCCCACCUCUACCCCCUCAUAUACCCUGUACCCCCACCUCUACCCCCUCAUAUACCCUGUACCCCCACGUCUACCCCCUCAUAUACCCUGUACACCCAUCUUGUUUUAGCUCGCCCGGUGAACCCGGUUGGGUGGAGAUUUCACUUUAGAACCAAUUAAAUGGUCUCUCAAAUGUGUGAAUUUGGCCCACCCGGCUCUCAGGGUGAGGUAAACCGGAUGCACCCACUUACUCAGUCUCAUAGGAGUAGUCCCCUCCUCCACUCCCUCCCUCCUCCUGUCCCUCUCUCCCUCCCUCCUCUUCCUCUCCCCCUCUCUCUCUCCCCCACUCCCUCUCUCCUCCUCUCUCUCCCUCCACUCCCUCUCCCUCCCUCCUCUUCCUCUCCCCUCCUCUCCCUCCCUACUCUUCCUCUCCCCUCCUCUCCCUCCCUACUGAUCAUGAUCUGAGAAGCCUAGUCAGUGUCUGGAGUAGUGUGUUCCCCAGCUGAGCCUUUUCAGACAGGAAGGCAUUUAUAUUUCUCACUUAGAUUUAAUACUGUUGAAGCGCUGACAUGUCUUACACAGAAAUGUCUUAAUAUAUUCAUGUGAUUUUUCAUUUUCUUCAAUUUAUGACUUCCAUUUUGUGUGUUCCUUGAUUUUUUUUACCUGUCUUUUUUUAAACGUUUUUUUUUUCUUCAAAUAUUGUAUCAUAUUUCCUACUAAUGUUUAUGUAUUUGAAACACACUGAGAAUGCUCUGAUGUGUAUCUGUCUACGACCCCUCCCAUCAGUUAGCCUCGCUCCCUCCCUCUCUCUUUAGUACAAUGUAAUGUUUGACAACGGUAGGUUUUUCCAAACAUGUGGAUGUAUUAAGCACAGUGUACUAGAUAGAAUGUAUGCUCCCUGGUCCAUUGCGAUAGGUGGAGUUUGACAAUUGAUCUGAUUACUGUAAAUAGCUUAAGUAAAGACUUGUGCAUUAGAUCUGUUUGCGGAUGGCUUCAACCAUGCCAAUGGACAGACAGGGCAGGCAUCAAAGUACCUAACACGUAGAGGAACAACAGCUUUGUAAAAACACUUUUUAAACGUUUCCCCAAAUGGAACCCUAUGCCCUACCAUAUAUAGUGCACUACUUGUGACCAGGGCCCAUAGGGAAUAGGGUGCACUACUUGUGACCAGGGCCCAUAGGGAAUAGGGUGCACUACUUGUGACCAGGACCCAUAGGGUUCCAUUUGGGACACAGUAUUCGUCACUUUGUUUACAGUCAGUCUGUGGCAGGUCAGCUUAGCAUGUUAGGAUGAUGAUGAUGUCACCGCUUUGCUACUUCGCAUGCUUUUUUAUCUUGGUUUAAAAGAUGACUGAGUUAUCAGUACUCUCUGACUGAAUUUAUCACUGAGUUAUCGUAACUCUCUGACUGAAUUUAUCACUGAGUUAUCGUAACUCUCUGACUGAAUUUAUCACUGAGUUAUCAGUACUCUCUGACUGAAUUUAUCACUGAGUUAUCAUAACUCUCUGACUGAAUUUAUCACUGAGUUAUCAGUACUCUCUGACUGAAUUUAUCACUGAGUUAUCAGUACUCUCUGACUGAAUUUAUCACUGAGUUAUCAGUACUCUCUGACUGAAUUUAUCACUGAGUUAUCGUAACUCUGACUGAAUUUAUCACUGAGUUAUCAGUACUCUCUGACUGAAUUUAUCACUGAGUUAUCAGUACUCUCUGACUGAAUUUAUCACUGAGUUAUCGUAACUCUCUGACUGAAUUUAUCACUGAGUUAUCAGUACUCUCUGACUGAAUUUAUCACUGAGUUAUCGUAACUCUCUGACUGAAUUUAUCACUGAGUUAUCGUAACUCUCUGACUGAAUUUAUCACUGAGUUAUCGUAACUCUCUGACUGAAUUUAUCACUGAGUUAUCGUAACUCUCUGACUGAAUUUAUCACUGAGUUAUCAGUACUCUCUGACUGAAUUUAUCACUGAGUUAUCGUAACUCUCUGACUGAAUUUAUCACUGAGUUAUCGUAACUCCCUGACUGAAUUUAUCACGGAGUUAUCGUAACUCUCUGACUGAAUUUAUCACUGAGUUAUCAGUACUCUCUGACUGAAUCUAUCACUGAGUUAUCGUAACUCUCUGACUGAAUUUAUCACGGAGUUUUCGUAACUCCCUGACUGAAUGUGAAACACUACCAUUGCCCAGAGGAUGCAGUUGGCUAGACGGUGACCGUGGUGAAAUAAUAUAGAAGUUUGUCCAUUUAAACAUUUCUGAACUCUCUUGGAUAAAUUGAGCGUACAUAGUUACAGACGUCUUUAAAAACAUAGUCAGAGAUGUCUGUAACAGGAAGUGACUAGCAUUAUAGUCAGUCAGAGACUUCAUUUCAAUUCAGGAAAUACACCUAAUUCCAAUUGCACAUUUUCCUCAUUGAAAAACAUGGGAGAGAAUAAGGUAUUUCUGUUUUUACUUUGUGACUUGAAAUAGCAUUAGUCAGUCAAAUUACACAUUAGGUUCCUAUUUUCAACAUGAUCAAACUACAGAAUAAUGAUACCCGCUGUAGUGUUCUGGCGCAAAACAACUAAAAUCAAGUCAAAUCACAUUUUAUUUGUCACAAACACAUGUAUAGCAGAUGUUAUUGCGGUUGUAGUGAAAUGCUUUGUGCAACAGUGCAAUAAUAUCUAACAAUUCACAACAUUACACACCAUUUAAAAGUAAACGAAUGGAAUUAAGAAAUAUAUAAAUAUUAGGACGAGCAAUGGCGGAGUGGCACAGACUAAAAUACAGUAGAAUAGAAUACAGUAUAUACAUAUGAAAUGAGUCAAGCAGAAAUAUGUAAACAACAUAUAGACUAACCAACACAUUCUAGGUAUUUCUCUUCAAGUAAUACCUUCUCUUGAAUAUGCAUGUAUACUACGUCUAGUGUAAAUGUGAUGCUAUACUAUAGUCUAUGCAGCGACAGUCCGAUACCAGAGAAUAUUAAUUGACAUAUUUUAUUUGACGAAAUAUCAAACUGUGGGGAAAAAAGAUGUCAUGAAAUUAGUUGCUGACAAGAUACUAUUCAAUAGGAAUCAGGCUGGCCUUGUAUUACUGGUCUAGUUAUGUGUUCAUAAUCAGGCUGGUAAUCUAGCCUUGUAUUACUGGUCUAGUUAUGUGUUCAUAAUCAGGCUGGUAUUCUAGCCUUGUAUUACUGGUCUAGUUAUGUGUUCAUAAUCAGGCUGGUAUUCUAGCCUUGUAUUACUGGUCUAGUUAUGUGUUCAUAAUCAGGCUGGUAUUCUAGCCUUGUAUUACUGGUCUAGUUAUGUGUUCAUAAUCAGGCUGGUAUUCUAGCCUUGUAUUACUGGUCUAGUUAUGUGUUCAUAAUCAGGCUGGUAUUCUAGCCUUGUAUUACUGGUCUAGUUAUGUGUUCAUAAUCAGGUUGGUAUUCUAGCCUUGUAUUACUGGUCUAGUUAUGUGUUCAUAAUCAGGCUGGUAUUCUAGCCUUGUAUUACUGGUCUAGUUAUGUGUUCAUAAUCAGGCUGGUAUUCUAGCCUUGUAUUACUGGUCUAGUUAUGUGUUCAUAAUCAGGCUGGUAAUCUAGCCUUGUAUUACUGGUCUAGUUAUGUGUUCAUAAUCAGGCUGGUAUUCUAGCCUUGUAUUACUGGUCUAGUUAUGUGUUCAUAAUCAGGCUGGUAUUCUAGCCUUGUAUUACUGGUCUAGUUAUGUGUUCAUAAUCAGGCUGGUAUUCUAGCCUUGUAUUACUGGUCUAGUUAUGUGUUCAUAAUCAGGCUGGUAAUCUAGCCUUGUAUUACUGGUCUAGUUAUGUGUUCAUAAUCAGGCUGGUAUUCUAGCCUUGUAUUACUGGUCUAGUUAUGUGUUCAUAAUCAGGCUGGUAUUCUAGCCUUGUAUUACUGGUCUAGUUAUGUGUUCAUAAUCAGGCUGGUAAUCUAGCCUUGUAUUGCUGGUCUAGUUAUGUAUUCACAAUCAGAAUGUCUAUCAGUUUGCAUUCAUGUCAAGAAGCAUCUGUUAGUAAAACAUCAUGUUUUAAAUACAUAGAUUGGAUCUUUGUACCAAAUGUCACCCUAUUCUAAAGUAGUGCACUAGAUAGGGAAUAGGGUGACAUCCAUAUGCUGGGUCACAUUAUUUAGGUUAGCUGCUGUUCACUCUCAGUGCCUCCCUCUACCACUCAUUAAAAUCCAAUAACUCAACUAACCACCUCUACUCCCAUCUACCAUAACGCGUUCCUACUGGUCAACUAACCACCUCUACUCCCAUCUACCAUAGAACGUAUCUACUGGUCAACUAACCACCUCUACUCCCAUCUACCAUAGAACGUUCCUACUGGUCAACUAACCACCUCUACACCCAUCUACCAUAACGCGUUCCUACUGGUCAACUAACCACCUCUACUCCCAUCUACCAUAGAACGUUCCUACUGGUCAACUAACCACCUCUACACCCAUCUACCAUAGAACGUUCCUACUGGUCAACUAACCACCUCUACUCCCAUCUACCAUAGAACGUUCCUACUGGCCAACUAACCACCUCUACUCCCAUCUACCAUAGAACGUUCCUACUGGUCAACUAACCACCUCUACACCCAUCUACCAUAACGCGUUCCUACUGGUCAACUAACCACCUCUACUCCCAUCUACCAUAACGCGUUCCUACUGGUCAACUAACCACCUCUACUCCCAUCUACCAUAGAACGUUCCUACUGGCCAACUAACCACCUCUACUCCCAUCUACCAUAGAACGUUCCUACUGGUCAACUAACCACCUCUACUCCCAUCUACCAUAGAACGUUCCUACUGGUCAACUAACCACCUCUACUCCCAUCUACCAUAGAACGUUCCUACUGGUCAACUAACCACCUCUACUCCCAUCUACCAUAGAACGUUCCUACUGGUCAACUAACCACCUCUACUCCCAUCUACCAUAGAACGUUCCUACUGGUCAACUAACCACCUCUACUCCCAUCUACCAUAGAACGUUCCUACUGGUCAACUAACCACCUCUACUCCCAUCUACCAUAGAACGUUCCUACUGGUCAACUAACCACCUCUACUCCCAUCUACCAUAGAACGUUCCUACUGGUCAACUAACCACCUCUACUCCCAUCUACCAUAGAACGUUCCUACUGGCCAACUAACCACCUCUACUCCCAUCUACCAUAGAACGUAUCUACUGGUCAACUAACCACCUCUACUCUCAUCUACCAUAGAACGUUCCUACUGGUCAACUAACCACCUCUACUCCCAUCUACCAUAGAACGUAUCUACUUACCGGCCAACCACCCUCUAUAUAGCUCCAGCUAUCACCAGACAGACCUGCAUCAAAUACUUCUAAAUACUUGAGCUGAUUCUGUUUGCCUUGUUCAAUGGGACCAACAGAAUAGUCCCAAAAGUGCAAACCCACCAAGCUAAAUCACGCGCACCUCAAAAUACUUGGAAAUACUUUAAAAUUAUUUCCCAGUCUUUUCUAAAAUAUGAAGUAUUUAAAAGUAUUUUUUAGACACAGUUAUGUACUUUUUGCCCAGAUCUGGUCUGGCUCUUAUCACGUUGUCCAGUGUUAUCACAGUCCGUCACAUUAAAGCCUGUUUACACCAAGCUGCCUCUUACUUCAACACAUGGCUUUCUACUUCAUUAAUAUAGUCCCAAUAUUAUUAUUAUGCCUUACGUAUGUAGCUAGGUCAUUAUUAUUAUUAGUAGUAGUAGUAGUAUAUAUCUGUUCUGCUGAGGUCUGCUUGUUCCAUAUUAAAACUCCUCAUGUAUAUCCUCUCUCUCUAUAAGCCACCUGCUUUAGGCAGAGGAACAGUGAUGUGUGUAAACGGUGAGGCUAACUAAGGUUAGAUGUCACGGUCGGGCUCCAUUUCAGUUCAGACAAUCCAGAAAGUAAACUGAAAUGUAUUUCCUGGUUUGACUGCAUUAAAAUGGACUUGAAACCCAACCAUGAGAGGUGUAAUGUAACCUGAUAAUCCCCACCUCAAUGCUGCAGCUAGAUGCCAUGCUUAACACGUCCAUAGAGGCUCUAAUGUAGUGAUAUUACUAUAGCCUGGUCCCAGAUCUGCCUCUAAUUACUAUAGCCUGGUCCCAGAUCUGUCUCUUAUUACUAUAGCCUGGUCCCAGAUCUGCCUCUAAUUACUAUAGCCUGGUCCCAGAUCUGCCUCUAAUUACUAUAGCCUGGUCUCAGAUCUGCCUCUUAUUACUAUAGCCUGGUCCCAGAUCUGCCUCUAAUUACUAUAGCCUGGUCCCAGAUCUGCCUCUAAUUACUAUAGCCUGGUCCCAGAUCUGCCUCUAAUUACUAUAGCCUGGUCCCAGAUCUGCCUCUUAUUACUAUAGCCUGGUCCCAGAUCUGCCUCUAAUGUAGUGAUAUUACUAUAGCCUGGUCUCAGAUCUGUUUUUGUUUUUGCCUAGUCCAUUGUCAAGCCAAACCAUGUUUUACAUGACAGUUCCAUAUGGAGUUGGGAAGAGAGCAUAAACAGACUGGCACCCAGGCUAAUAUUACUACCACCAGAAAUAGAACUAAAAUGACAUUUCUGAAUUCAAAUGACAUUCCUGGUGGCACUAAUGUCACUACAUAUCCUGUAUACGGGUGGGAUGUUUAUGUACAAAACCGAUGUCGGGGUGAACUCCAUUUCAAUUCCAGUCAAUUCAGGAAGUUCAAAUUCUCUUUUCAAUGAAAACAUUUUUUGAUAUUUGUUUACUUUUCCGAAAUUGAAAUGGAAUUGACGCCAACCCUGGCGCGCGCAUCCGAGAGGCGGGAAACUGACAGGGUUGGCUUAGAAUCAUAGGAUUAUUGACAACAUGUAAACUAUUUAGUCUCUAAAUGUUUAUUGAAAACAUAAAUCAGUUUACAUCAUUGUUGUAACGUUGCCAGGCAACCCAUCUAUAGUUCCACUGCUCUUAUCACUGAUGUAGGACGGAGGUUCCUGCUAAAUCACAUUACUAAUAUUUCAGAGUUAGCCUGGUUAAACCAGACUCGAGUGCUGCGCUCACCAUUUGAAACAACAGUGAAAUGUAGCUAAGUCAGUUGUGAUUCCAGGCUAUUCAGAGUGUUCUGUUGAACUUCUACUGUAGCUGUAUCUGUGUGUGAUGGUGGUAUUGUAACCAUGGAAAUAUAGCGCUUGAGCCCCGUGUGCGUGUGUGAGUAUAGAAGCAAAGGUAGGUAGCUAUUGAUUGAGUGUGUCCGUCUGACAGUACCAAUGGCGUUAUCUAACAGACGGUACUGUCAGCCUGUCAACACACAACUAGUGCACCAUAUUCCCUAUCUAGUGCACUACUGUUGAUCAGGGCCCAUAGGGAUCUGGUCAAAAGUAGUGCACUAGAUAGGGUAUAUAGGAUACCACUUCGAACUAGCAGUCUAUGGAAGUGUAGAGAAGUGAAUGUUUUUGUCCUUGUUUGAAAAAUGAUUUCAAGCCUUCUCAUAUACCUCCAUUGUUUUUUAAUGAACUGUGUCUUUGGUUCAUGAUUGUUGUCGAACUAUAAUGACAUGCUGUCACUAUAACUGAUUGUAAUUCCAUUGUAAAACAUUUGAAAGUCAAACGAUGUAAUUUCAAUGCAUUUGGAGGAUUAUAUAUGUGUGGGGGGUGGGGGGGGGGGGGGGGGUAGUCGAAACGGACGCUUUUAUGUUUUGUACAGAUUGAUCAAUUGUAAAAUUGUGUUUUUGUUUAAUCUUAAAUUAUCAAUUCAUAUUAAUAAAGCGCACCAGUCAUAAACAUUUCAACUCUCUCAGUUGGUAUUUGCAUACAAAGGCAGAAUAACAUUUAAUUUGGUAACAAAUUAUCGGACAUUUAAUUUGGUAACAUUUAUUGGACAUUUAAUUUGGUAACAAAGUAUCGGACAGUAUUUUCUGACAAGGAAUACAUGGCGAGCAGCACGGUUGGGAUCAAUUACACUGAAAUUCCAAUUUUCAAUGCUUUUCAUUUAGGAAAAUGUGAAAUUGGAAAAAUAGCAGCGAGCAGCAAUGAACGGGGUUCACAGGAUGACAGAAAGGACACAAGAUCAGUUAGAUAACAAAGCAAGCACUCAAUCAUGUAGGAACUAUCUUCCUUUAUGUGCAAUCAGUGAAAGCAUUACCAUGUUUAUCUCAAUACCACACGGAUGAUGCAAGUGAAGUUUAGUCUAGUAAUGUAGGUUGGUUAUUUUGAAUGCAGCAGGCAAUUAUUCUUAAAGCCAAUUCCUUCAUUUAUUGAGUGUUAUAUAUGCUGACUGCGUAAGCCACAUAAAAAGGCAACAAUAUGUGAUAAUAAAGAAAUACUAAUCAAGAUA